CGGCGGUGGAGCACCAAUAGGACUACAGGUAGUAGCAUGGCGCCUCCGCCGCCAGCUAUAGUUACUCUCACCUCACAUGCAAUGAGAGAAAGGUACGAACAGUCUGCUGCUGCCAUCAACAAGAAAAUGAAGCGUGAAGGGAAAUCUGUUCCCUCACAAGCAGAGAUUCUUAAAAAACGAAACAUCUCACACAACAAAGCAGCAGGCAAGUCCGCGGGUACAGUGAAGGGGAAAGCACCAACUCAUUUCAAGCUUUCAGCAGCAGCACAUAGACAAGGGCCACCCCCGCCUCCACCUCUCUCAGAGACAAAUAAUACUACUCCUGUCAAAUCUGUUCCCACAUGCUCUACCAAGCCUUCACAAACAGAAAUGGACAAAGUAAAAGAUACGCCUGUUUUGGGCGAUGAUGCAACCUCCAUCACCUCAUCCUUCACUUCCGAAGAUGAAGAAGUGGCUGUAAUGCCUGAGCAACCACUAACCAAUAGUAGUGGCGGGAAAGUGAUACCCGAUGAAACCAUACAAGUUGACGACGUGGACGACUUUUUUGCACGCGUGGAAGCCCAACUAAGGAAAGCCCAAUCUCUCAGCUCUGCAGCAUGCCAUUCUCCAUCUGUAGCAGCAAAUGAUGAACCUCCUUCUGCAGCCGCACUUGCAAGAGCCAAAGAUGAUAUAUCUAGACUUGUAUCGAUCCCUUUCCAGGAUGUUGUUCUCGUGCCUGAAAACUACUCUGCUCUCAAUGCUGCACUCUCUGUAUACGCCACCGCUGAUCGCUGCUCUAUUGGUGAUGAUGAUGACACUUUGAAGAAACUCCAGACAACCCUUCCGGACCUGUGCUCUACUCUUCGUCGGGGAAAGAAGGAUCAGGCGGAGUUCUUCGCAAAAGCUGAAAAGAAAGCGCUUCUCAUCGAGGAGCUAAAGAAGGGCCAGGAGCUAUACUUCAACCUGAAAGACCGCCAGGAUAAGAUCCUUUCUGCCAUGGAUUCUAUUAAGAACCAAAUGAAGGAGUUGAAGAGGAGCUGGAAGGAGGCUGAGAUAAAAACCAAAGCAGUUCAAGUCCAGAAACUGAGUUUGGGAAAAGAUUGUUUCGCCAAGUGUUCCGCUUUAGAUGUAAUGGAAGCUGAGUUGCGUGUCAUGGAGCAGAAGAAAGAAACGGCUGAUUCGGAUAUUGCGCGAGCGGAGGCUUGUUGGACUGACUUUAAGCACAAACUUAUGAAGUGCCUACUUUAAUUAGCUUCUUCUAUAUAUAUAUAUAUAUAUAUAUAUAUAUAUAUAUAUAUAUAUAUACACACUAAUAUACAUGCCCUUGAUGGCUAGCUAGAUGCUCAAUUUUCAAGGUGUAACUCGCGCAUGAGUUGCAAUGUUGCAUGACAUGUAUACCCAAUUAAGUACGAAGCUAGCUUAGCAUGCUAAAUUUGUAUAUAUUAAGCUAUUUAACUCUCGAUCUUGGCUUGCAAGAAAGAUGCAGGCAGCAUGCAU